CAGAGCUAUGUGGCUCAUCCCCAGGACGCUAGAAGGCCUCCCCGCGCCCCGUUCCCCCUUCAGCAACGUCAGAUCUGCCGCUACCGCAGCGAAGCGCAAGCCCAGCCCCGGCACCACCCGCAAGAAGCCAUCGCCGCAGAAGAAAGAUGACCACCAGUCUGAUGAGCUGAGUGACGAGGAAGGCCUGUACGAGUCGGCCCGGUUUGUGCGCGUGGAUGUGGACGCCAGCGGGUGGCAGGCGGAGCGGCGGCAGCCGCGGCCCGACAAGGACUUCUGGCACCGCAAAGGCCUCCUCGAGUGGGUGCAGGCACGCGACUCGCAGCUCACCCAUCUCACCACCCAGUCAGCCGCAGCCGCCGGCAGCUGCAGCAGCGAAUCAGCUGACAAAAACUGGAACCCAGGAUGGAGCCACCGGCACGACGACCCUGCAAACACCCGGGCGGACGACCACCACCACCACCAUGCUAUGGUCGACGAGGAGCUCGAGCUCGACCGUGGGUGGGACUACGAGGACAAGUGGCACUCGACCGCAGCCACCAUGCUCGCCGACCCCAAUAAUCGGCACGGCCCCCUGGCCCCACACGCCGGUAUCGCCAAUGUCUUCCUCCCCGACCUCGACAGAUGGAAGCCUGUGCGCAUGCUCAGCGCCCAGCAGCUCGCCGAGGCGUCCCUGUGGGCACUGGGGAGCGAGCCGGAGAGGGGCGACCGCGCCCUGUGGCAGGAGAUCGCCGCGAGGGCCGAGUUCAUCAGCGUGAGUCUGAACGGUGCACAGCUGGUGGCGGUGCUGCGGGGGGUGUCGGAGGCGUCGCUGGUGCACGGGCUUCAGUGCCCCAGCCUCUUCCACAAGUGCACCGAACAAAUCGUCGCCAAUCUCGGGGUCGGUGAGUGAGGAGCGGUGGGGAGGGAAGACGCGCAUUAGCGUUAGUUAUCAGUGACGGUGACGUGUAUGUUCUGCCGGGUGGGUUAGAGCUUGUCGCUGUCGGACCUGACUGUGCUGGCGCACUGCUAUGCGACCCUCAGCCAAAUGUCAGCCGGACACGCCCACGCCCACACCCACACUCACUCACUCACACAGAGAAUGACCAUGCCAUGAGUUGCUCCUUCUCGACUCGACAGACUCUGAUCGGCUCUUUGUUUCUGCGUGUGUGUGCGUCUGUGUUUCCUCAGCCCCCGUGGCGCCUUGCACGUGAUCGCUUUGGCCUAUGUGGAUCGGCUGGCGUGCGACGCCACGCAGCCGCCACCGGCACUCACUCUGCGGCUGCUCGCGGCCUUCCAGAAGGCCCAGGUCAAGCUGGACGUCCUUAAGGGGGCCUUCACUCUGCUACAACAACAGGUGAAAUACGAGAGAGAGAGAGAGAGAGAGAGAUAUGGGUGCGGGCCGGUCUCCAUCCGUGUGUCGUGCCGUGCGUGUUUGUGUUCAUGGACAUUUGUCCCACAGCUGCCCGAGGUGAUGAGCGACCCUCGGCACACGAUUGCCGCACUGGAGAGCUACCUGCAGCUGGAGGCCAAGCACCCCACCUUCAUCCACCGGCUGCUCUCGUCCACUACUGCACUCGACCUCGACAGACACCUUCUCCCAUCCCAGCUCGGCACCACAUUCGGUUCGCACCAGAAAGACCUGUUGGGUGGCCCUCUGACUUCACCCACCACAGCCACCACGGCCAUCCAGGUGUCGUCUUCUACGGGCUCUUCCCCCCUUGUGAGCAUUGUCUCGAUGGCUCCCGCGGAUGUGUGUUCAUUCCUUGCCGUCCUUGGAGCCGUGCGGGCGCCCCGCUUGUACAGGCAGCUGAGGGAGGGGGCGGCCGCGACCCUCCAGACCCACGACCGGCCAUCAGCCGACACGGAUGCGGAUUCGGGUGAGGCCGAGAUGCUGAGCAUGCCAGACGAGCCGCCGCCCAUCGCCCGCACGGAUGACAUCCGCCAGCGCAUCGAGGCGACCCGAUGGAGCCUGCGUGACACGACCGUCGGGCUGGGGGCCGCAGCGGGAGGAGAGGUGCCGUCAACGAGCGAUCCCCCAUCAGCGGGUGUGGACCAAGCCACGAGGGUCAGAACGGAGCAGGACGAGCAGGCCGUCAUCGAGAGACGUCGCCGCAACUCUGCCAACAUGAAGGCGUUUGCCGUGGUGGCGCGGGAGCUGCUGGCCAAGGGGGUGGCGCGGUUCGGGCAGGCCUUCCAGGUUGACAUGGCAGCACCUCUUGGGGCAGAUGAGGGGCCGGCCUUCUCGCUGAGUGAGGGGGGGAAGGAGAUGAGUGUCCCGCUGAGGCGCCCUCAUCAAGACAGCGACGAGACCGACCCUUUCGGCCUCUACAGCAGCACACCGCACACACAGCCACCUGCAGAGGAUCUUUCCGCCACAGAGUCCGUGUCAGUGCCGACCGCCCGGCUUCUCAAUCUGAGCGACUUCUUUGUUCGGUAUGCUUACAUGGGCCUGGCCGCCCUUGACGCCCUCUCUGACGCCGAUCCCCCUCUGGCCGACCCGGCCGAUGUGACACGAGAGCUGGACGCGUGGCGAGGGCUGGCUGGAGGGCCCCUGUGGGACUGUCAGCUGUUCGUCGCGCAGAUGCUCGACGCUGCAAUGGCUCACCAGGUGAAGUGAACGAGUGGGUGUGGUGGCUUAUGAUUAUGUGCCCAUGUCUGUCUGUCUGUCUGCGGCUGUCUGUGUAUCCGUCAGUGUGGGAGCUGUCCGCUUUCCUUCAUCAAGGACUGUCUGACGCGCUAUGCCGACCUAACCGCAGCCCUCAGUAAGGCCGAUAUUCUCAGCACCAGACUCCGGGGCCCUUCCAUGACGCCCCAAACCAAAGAUCUCGAGAGGCUCAACAGCAUUGCGGCUAAGGCGGUCGACCGUGCGGCGCGGUGGUAUGCCAGCGACGGUGAGGACGACGGGCAGAUGAUGGAUGUGCUGCUGGCGUUCCCUGACCUGCUGGGAGAGUGCACACGGCAUCUCGGGAACGCCACCAGAAUGUUGCUGCGGAUGAGUGUGACGAGUGCGGCUGGGGACUGUGGGGUGUGUGACAAAGUGGAUGGGCUGCAUCGGAGUCUUGUGGCGCUGCAUGAGGGAUUCUCACACCGAUACGCUCACGAGGUCAGGUCGGUCAGUGGGACAGACAGACAGACAGACACACCAGCAGGGCAGCCAGGGGGAGGGAGGGGAGUGAGUGCCAGGUGUGUGAGCGUGUUUGUUUGCGUGUGCAGCAUUUGCUCUACCGCAUGCACAUCGGCGACCAGGCAGACGUUCUCUCCACCAGCGUGGCAGCCAUCAAUGGUAGCCUGUGCCACUAGAGUGGCAGCAACGGUCGACAGACAAGGCGGGGAUCCCACCAUCCAUCCCACCGUCCAUCCAUCCAUCCAACCUUUGUCUUGCUGGAUCUCUCUCUCCGAUAUAUCUGUGUGGGGCAGACAUGUUGUCGCUGCGGAGCCACCCAGUGCUGGGCGGGCAUGUCGAUCCCCACUGCAGCGACGCACUGCUGCUCUCCACUGGCCGCAUCCUCAAGGCAGUCGGUCAGCCGCCCAGCGCCCAAGACAGACACGUGUGCGUCUUUCUGCGUAUGGUCGGUCGGUCGGUCGCUUGGCUUGUGAUGCCUCAGGUCUUGGGUUGUCGCGCAAGAUCAAGGGCGGCAAGGCUGCCGGUGAGUCAGUCAGUCAGCCAAUGAGAACACAGCACAGAGAGAAGGCUCACUCGUCCGUCCGCUCUGUUUGCUCUCUACCUUUUGGUUGGUUUGGUGGCUGUGUGUGUGUCUGUCAGGCUACACAAUGCGUCCAGGCGACAUGGUGGCGCUGCUGCGGGUGUUCGGCCGUCUCCGGCACAUGCGGCCCUCACACCAGGCGGCCGACACCACACACCUCUACGACAACGAGGUGCCCCUGCAGGCGCUCACCGAUCUGGUGAGUAUCUAUCGGCUGAUUCGCUCGCCACACAUCAGGCUGGCUGCAUGUCAUGUCGGCACAUGGGUGAUGAAUGCAGGUGCAUGAGGUGGAGCGGUGUUUGUGUGCGUGGAGUCCCGGGCAGCUGCUGGCCCUGUCGAGCACCAUAGGCCUCUUCCGCUCACCGCCCCACCACGAGGACAGCCGGCGCAGCGAUGAAAUUCUCAAUGCGCUCGCCAACGCACUCGGUAGGGGGGCUGGCUGGUGGGGGCUGAGGAGGGAUGGUGUCCGUCCGUUAUGAUCUAUGUUGCCCAUAUGUGUGUGUGUGUGUGUUUGAUGAUUUACCCAGAGGUCGAGUUGAGCCGUCGGUCGUCGCGUGAGACGUUCAUGGACGAUGAGGAGGGCGACGAGGUCCUCGAUCAGGUGGGUACUCACCGGCACCGCACCCAGAAGGAUGGCUCCAUUGAGUGCAUUGGUGGCUAUGUGUGAUUGUGACUCCCUCCCUCGUCAGCAAUUUGUUGUGGCGGGUGAUGUGGCUGCCUCGGCCAUUAGCGGCAUGCACGUGUGUGGUGCAAGUGUGUGAGUGACAGCUGAUUGGGUUGCUGAAGUGGAUGACAUGACCGGCCGUCCGUUGUGGAAAUGGUGCUGGGAAAGGCACACUCUCAUGCGUGUGUGUGACUGGCUGGCUGCACAUGUAUGUGAGAAAGAGCUCCGUGUCCGUCCGUGAUUGAUGGUGGUUGAUGCUGGUUGGGUGAUCGCACGUUUCAUGACACACAUAGAGAGUAUGUAGAGAUGACCAAAGCGUGCCAUUCGUGCAGC